AAAUAUACAUAGAAUUUUUACAAAAAGUGAUGUUUUUUCUUAAAUUAUUUAAAAAUAAAUUGUUUAUACUGACAUAAUGAUUUGCAAAGUAUGUAAUAGAGUACCAAAUCCUUCAGAAAAUGAAGAAUGCUUUGAAAAAGCUUUAGAUGUGUUAAAACAACAUUAUACAUUUUAUAAAAAUGCCUUGGAACAACGUGAUUUGGAACUGCAACAAAUCAAAGAACGCAAUGAAAAACUAAAUAAAGCCCUGCUACUUCUACAAAAUCAGCAACAACCGGCCAAACGUUUUAAGUCGCAACAUGGUGAUGAUUAUUGGUCGGGCAAUAACUCCUCUCAGGAAGAGCGUGCUAACUCUGAUCUUAGUAUAAUAGAUGAUGAACCCAUGGGUGUAACAAAUUUGAAUAUGGCUCUUAAUAGUGAGCAAUUAUUUGAUACAUCCGCUUUGAGUCAGUCCAAAAAUAAUGUUAGCUUGACUUCAUCGUCAGAGUUGAUACAGAGUCCUCGCACGAAAGAGUCGCCCAAGAGAAAUAAACAAAGAGAUAUUAGGCGCUGUUUAAAAGAUCGCAACAAGAGUUUAGAAAGAUCAAAAUCAGAAUGGAACAUAAAAGAUCGCAAUAGUCCGGCGGAAAUAUCCUGGGCCAUGAAAUUGUUACAACCUGAUAAAAAUGGCGGUGAAGUUAAAAAGUGUGGGGAUAAGAAAUUGUGUUUGUCGUUGAAGAAACCAAAUCCCAGUAAAAUAAAGCAAUCAUUGUUAAAUUUUAAUAAACCAAGUGAUGGAAGCAUUCGUGAGAGUAUGGAUAAAAGAUUUCGUUUAUCAUUAUCGAAACCUUAUUAUAGCAAAAUGAAAUCCAAUGAUAUAUAUUUAAGUGAGUCUGAAGAUGGUGAAGAUAUAAUCGAUGCGAGUCCUGUGAUACCACAGAAAAACACCAAGGCAGGUCGUUCCUGGGCGCACAGAAGCGGCCACAAUUACAGCAGCAACACAACCAGCAACAACUCCUCAAACGCCUUAGUAAACGUAACAACCCCCAAAGAUGAUGAUGAUGUUGAUACUAACAAAACCCUAGAUGAUAUUGUCUUUGACUUUUCACCCUCGAAAAAGACAGAUGAUACGCUGGAUCUAAAUUCUCCUAAAACUACACAGCCAAAACAACUAAAAUUCGACAAUAAUGAUAUCUCUACGGACUGUACUUCCUUACCAAAUGAACAUUUAAGUAUUUCAACAAAUAAGAAUGAUACGUCGAGUGUGGUGAUAUUAACACCCAGUAGUGAGGAUAUAAUAUUUGUAGAUGAUACUUGCGAUUAUGACCAAGAAAUUGAUACUAUGGACUUAUUAGGCGAUAAUUUAGAGAAACUUAAAAAAUAUGAAAGUAAAUGCAUACAAAAGCAGCAAACUAAGGAACUAGAUGUAUUUAAAAAGCCUAAGGAAAAAAUGCCACCUGCUAAUGACAUAAAACCCAUAAAUAAAAUUAAACAAGAAAAAAUUACCCAAGAUUUAAAGAAAGAAACAACAUACAAACUCAACGAAGAAAAACCAAGUUGUAGCUCAACUAAAAGUUCGUUAAAAACACCAAAAACACAAAAUCCUCUAUUAGAUGAAUUUGAUACAGAAGAUGAAGAAGACUUUAUGCCUAAACCUUUUAUAGUUAAACAAGAACCCAAGUUAACAAUUAAACAACGUUUUAACAUAGAAUGUGAAGACUGUGAAAAAUUAAUCAACUUUUUAGAUAAGGGCUUAACCGAUGCCCAAAUUCAGCAGCAUUUAGAUAAAUGUAAAUACCACAAUAAUGGAGACAUUAUGCGUCAAAAUACGCCCAAAGAUUUUUGGAAUCCUUUCAUAUUGUCUUUUCAGGCCGAUGAUCCUAGAAAUGUAGUUUUAAUCGAUAAUCGUUUCAAGGAUAGCAAAAAAUAAGGAAAGUAUUUUCAGUUAAAUUUUUGUUUUAAAAAAUUACAAACAAAUUUAUUAAUUAAAUCUAAAUUUUUUUAUAUUAAA